GGUCUAUCUCUCAUAUGGGAGGGAUUGUUAUGGGCCUGCAGUAAUUGGAGCAAGGCGCUGUUGCGGUGAGCCGGUGACCUUGCCAAGAAUUGGAGAAUCUAAGAAUCUAUGUUUAGCAGGUAAAACUCACCACGUUUUUUUCCAUCAACUGAGAGAAAAUGUAUUUGUUCAGGAAUAUAGCAUCGUCCUUUAUUUUUCUAGACAGCAGGGUGAGGCUUUGGUAGUAAAGUGUAGUAAAUUCAUGCCCCUUAUAGCAGUAAUUAGCAUAAAAGGUGGCCUGGGAACAACACUUGUGUGCAACCGCGAGGUGUGGGUCUUUGUUUGUCUUUGUCUAAGGGUCUUUGUGCGGGUAGCCUGCAGUGCAGGCGUUUUCUUUGAGCGUGCAGUUUGCCCGAGAAAGCGCCAUGUUGAAACUUCCCGAAGAGAGGAGGAAAUGGGGCACCCUCCCCUGUUUCCUUCUUUCACCCUCGCACCUACCGUAAGGGUUACUAUUUCUACUCUCCCCAAUCUUCCACUGUCAUAAAAUCAAAGAUGGCGGCUGCGACAACAUUACGAACAUGAACAAGUCGAACAAGGUUUCGCCCACCCAAAAUACGCGUGCAGUGCAGGCUAUUGUGUGGGGGAGAUUCGAUUUUGUUAAAUUAAACUUCUGCUUUUCUAGGAACCGCUUCGCUUCGUCGUCAUACUAAUUACCUUCAGCAAUGGCUCAAGGUAAGAGCUUUUUCGAUGACGUUAAAAAGGAGUUGGAAUGUUCCGUGUGUCAGGAGCUGUUCAGUGAAGUCAACGAACCAAAAAUUUUAAAAUGUCUCCAUACUUUCUGUAAGAAUUGUCUGGAAGCUUGGUUGAGGAGACAGCGCGAAGGACAGCUAAGUUGCCCGACAUGUCGUCAAAUCACCGAGUGUUCGAACAGCAACAUUGACAGCCUUCCAUCCAAUCUUUUCUACAAACAGAUGGUGGAGAUUGUAGAGGCUUAUAGUGGUACAGGACAAGAAGCUGAUUCGCCGUAUUGUGGGAACUGUGAGGAGAAAAAGCAUCUGAAGUUUUAUUGCUUUGACUGUAAUACCUUCUUGUGUGAUGAAUGUGCUGGCACCCACAGCAAAUGGAAGUCGUUUAAAGACCACCAUGUCAAGGAAAUUGGAAAAUUUGAGUCAAGCGAUGUGCAAGAUUACGCCCGAAAAUCCAACGUAUGUAAGAAACACAAGGAUGAGCUAAGAUUUUACUGUGAAAACUGCAACAUUUGCAUUUGUCGCGAUUGUGCCAUACUCGAGCACCGUGACGACAGGAACCACAACAUAGUUUCACUAGAGCAAGGAUUUGAAAACAAAAAAUUAGACAUAACAAGUAAAAUGAAAGACGUUGAAGCAAUUGCAACUCGUUUAAGAGACCAAAAACAAACAUCAGAGAAGAAAAGAGUAAGGAUGCUUGGAAGUAUUGAUGAAGCGACGACUGAAAUUCACCGAGUCGCUGAACAAUGGAUAAGGUUCAUUCGCCAGAAUGAAUCAGCUAUGACCAAAAAGUUGCUCGAGCACAAAAAUUCUUUUCAAGAAACAUUUUCAGUCCAGAUGUCCAGCUUAGAUGAGAAAAUCGUGGAGAUAGACAACAGCUUGGUAUUUAGCAGCGAUGUUCUGGCUCGAGAAAAUCUACUGGAGAUUUUAAACGUGGAAGAAAUACUGGAUAAAAGGUUUCAGGACCUUUCUUCGGAAUUUCGAGUCAAUUUGAAUUAUCCGUACGUCAAGUACGUUCCAAAUGAUGCAUCAUCGCCAAUGAACGACGUGCUUGGAGAAUUAAUUUUCACUAACUCUUUGCUCACGACAGCAAAUGGCAAGGGACUUACUGAAGGUAUUGUAGACGAAAUAUGCACUUUUAAGAUUUAA